AUGACCACUGCAGAUUACGUUUCCAAGUAUUUAGCAUUGUUGAGUAAACUGCACAACGACCAAAGAGCAUUGGCCCCCUUAAAGGUUUCUAUUUUAUGUUCUCAGCACAAUCAAAGCAGUCUACUAGAUGAAAAUGAAUCUACAAACACAGAAAACUAUUGUCAACACUGUUUAACUCCUUGGAAGUAUGGACAUUUUGUUAUGAAAACUCAUCCAAAUCGAAAAAAUAAAAAUGAUAAAAUACAAAAAAAGCGUUCUACAAAGUUAUUUAAUAUGGUAAUAAAGUGUUUUGUGUGUUUAAAUACAACCAGUUCAGUGUACAAGAAGAAUAUAAUAUUAAAUCAAAAACCUACUGAAAAAUUGCUAAAAAGUUCAACAGUAAAUAAAAGCAUUGAAAAAACAUCAAAAACUGAAGAAAAAGUUGAAACAAUAGUUAGUAAAAAACCAAAGAAAAAAAAGAGAACCCUAUAUGCUGGAUUAAACCCAUUAGUUUUUAAAAAUUUAAAUAAGAAACAUUAA